GUGGGAGACCUGGAAGUUUUAGCCUAGCUGUUCUCAAGGCGGAUUAAUUAGCCCAAGAAACAUUAUAUUCAUUUUUCUGGAUAUGCCGCAGAAGGAUCCGUGCCAGAAGCAAGCCUGUGAGAUACAGAAAUGUUUACAAGCCAACAGCUACAUGGAAUCAAAGUGUCAGGCUGUCAUCCAAGAACUGCGUAAGUGUUGUGCUCAGUAUCCCAAGGGAAGAUCUGUCGUCUGUUCAGGAUUUGAAAAAGAAGAGGAAGAAAACCUAACACUGAAGUCUGCAUCAUAGUUAAGUUCUGCUGAAGUGCUGCUCCAUGUUUCCACCAAAUGAAUUUUUUUUAUCCUCCUGACUUUCUUCAGGCCAGGUAGCAGCAAAUAGCAAAUGAAAAAGUCAGCUAGAAAAGUUAAUGAAUAUGCCAUCUAUGCAGAACAGGCAGAAAUAUAAACACAUUAAAAGACAAAUAUGUAGAAUGUAAUAUACUGAGCUGCUAAAAUAAACCUGUUUAAGAGAAAAA